UAAUAGAUUCAAUAUAAUCGCUUGAUCUCCUGUGUCGAGUCACCAGAAGUCAUCAUCCACCAAUUCGACACUGGUCUCAGAUCCUGUCUGUCCAGGACGCGCUUCGUCAGCGCGUUCAGGUGAUGGCCCAAAUCUCGCGAGAACAUCCAGGUUAACACAGAUCCCGUCAAUGAUGGCUACACCGCCGGACGCCGAGAGUUUGGAGUCUCGCAUUAACAAAGCCACGAACCCUCUGAACAAGGACACGGACUGGGGGGGCAUCCAUGCCUUCUGCGAUCAGCUCAACGGCGACCUGGAAGGACCUCAGCUGGCCACCCGACUCCUGGCCCACAAGAUCCAGUCUCCCCAGGAGUGGGAGUCCAUGCAGGCCCUGCUGGUCCUGGAGACGUGUAUGAAGGCCUGUGGGAAGCGCUUCCACAGCGAGGUGGGCAAGUUCCGCUUCCUCAACGAGCUCAUCAAGGUGGUGUCGCCCAAGUACCUGGGCUCGCGGUCCCCAGAGCCGGUGAAGCAGAAGGUGCUGGAGCUCAUCUACAGCUGGACCCUGGGGCUGCCCGACGAGGCCAAGAUCCUGGACGCCUACCAAAUGCUGAAGAAACAGGGUAUCGUCAAGCAGGACCCCGAGCUACCCCCUGACAAGAUGCUGAACCCGCCACCUCCCAGACCCAAGAACGCCAUCUUUGAGGACGAAGAGAAAUCCAAAAUGCUGUCCCACCUCCUGACCAGCACGCACCCAGACGACCUGAAGGCGGCCAACAAGCUCAUCAAAGAGAUGGUUCUAGAGGACCAGCGGCAGGCGGAGAAGGUGUCCAAGCGGGUGAGCACCAUCGAGGAGGUGAAGGAGAGCGUGGGGCUGCUGUCCCAAAUGCUGCAGGAGUACCAUCCCGCCACCCCCAGCACGCCGGGCAACGCAGAGCUGCUGCAGGACCUGUAUCAGCGCUGUGAGAAGAUGCGUCCCACUCUGUUCCGUCUGGCCAGCGACACGGAGGACAACGACGAGGCCCUGGCGGAGAUCCUGCAGGCCAACGACAGCCUGACGCAGGUCAUCAACCAGUACAAGCUGCAGGUCAGGGGGGAGGAGGUCAACGGAAACACAGCGGGGGACGCACACAGACAGACGGGGGGGAGUACGGCGCUGCUCGACCUAUCAGGCUUGGACACGUCGCCUCAGUCCCCGCCCUCGUUCCCAGAGUUCCCCUCCCCCACAGACGCCUUCCACGCCCCCGAGACGGGCAUCAGUCUCCUUGACGAUGAACUCAUGUCGCUAGGGUUGAGUGAAGGCACCCACACGUCGAACGCCCCCUCCCAGCCCGAGGACUCGACCGCCUGGGACUCCUUCCAGUCGUCUGACAGCAUAGAAGCAGACAUCCCGGCCGCCCCCAGCCUCCUGAGCCCAGACCCUCCCUCACACACACACCUGCCUCCCUCCGGCCCCGCCCCCGCCGGCUCUAGCUCCGCCCCCUCUACCUCCGCCCUGGACGAGCUGGACCUGCUGGGGAAGACGCUCCUCCAGCAGUCCCUCCCCCCCGACAGCCUGCAUGUCAAAUGGGGGGCGCAAGAAGGCUGGACCAACGACAAGAGAAGGGACCGGCAGCAGGUCAAGCCCACCCUCAGAGACCUCCAGAGCAAGUCCGGCUCCAACAUGACGCCCAGCCCCAUCCCGGCCUUCUGCGCCGAGCAGCCUGGGCCUCUCCUGAGCGCUCAGACCAGCCUCGGGCCCACCCUGCUGGACUCCGCCGCCGGCCCGGAGGUCACCCUGAAGGAUGUAUUCGUGCCUCUAGAGUCUAUUCGGCCGAGCAGCCUCCUGCCUGUGACGGUUGACGGCCACAGCCUGCGGGUGCUGUUCCACUUCGCCCGGGACCCCCCUGCAGAGCGGCCUGACGUGCUGGUGGUCAUCCUGUCCAUGCUGUCCUCCGCCCCGCUGCCCGUCACGCACAUCAGCCUGGAGGUCACCACGCCCAAGGUCAGCCCCCCGCAAGGGUCACGGGGCACUCUGCCUUUUGUGUCAGCUCUCUGUCUGUCUUUUCACUUCAGUUCUUUGGUUUCUCGUUAA